GCCCGGGCGACGGCUGAGUUGGCAGUCGCGAUCGUCAUGUCAUUGGUGGCCUGUGCCUUCCCAAAACAAUAACACUGGGCUAAGCUAUCAACAGCCCCCCAGCCGCCACCCUGCACUCCGGCUUCUCAUCUCAACACACCAUCACAGUCACGAUAUCACGAACUAUAAUAUACCCCGGCGCGCUGGCUCGCUGACUGAAGCUGUGCAACACUCGACCUCGCCCUGCUAUUACUGUCCACUCUACUUGGAGACGACGCGCCUAGUCUUCGGCUCGAAUCUGCUCUUCAUUCCAAGCCUACCAUUUUGGGUUGCACAUUAAACCAAACCACACAAGAUGCCUUCCACAGACAGGGAAGACUCCCGGGACCGGGAACUCGUCAGGCACUCACAUUCUUUCGAUUCGAGAAUGAUUCCCAUGUGGGACAGCUCUGACCCUGACAGGGCACCUCCACCACUCCCAUUGAAUCCGGGCUCCCCUAACCUCACUACUCGCCCAAACACCUCAGCAGCUAUCAUGCAGGCCGCCAAAGCCCUCGAAGAGAGGGCGCGAGAGAGCUUACCGGCAAGCUCCUACACGACUAAUCCAAUGCCACAAAAGUCACCUGAGCGAUCUCUGAUCAAAGGCACACAGCACAAGCGCAUGCAGUCGCUACAACCCGGCAGCGUCCGUGAUCUUCGCAGUUAUCUCGACACACGGUCACCAGACCGAUCUCCAGAGCGCUCCCCAGAACGACCUAGCACGAGAGGUGGUACUCCCGCGCGCGAUCUGGAUAGAGAUUAUUUCGGUAGAGAGGCCGACUCGAGCCCUACACGAAUGACUACCCCGACCCCAGCAACUCGCCUCGAGUUCAAGGACACUCCCGCGCUGCGGCCCAGCCAUCGGUCUAUUCUUGGGGAGAACACCCCGCCGUCUGCGACCAUGAUGGCCCUGCAGAAUAUGACGAUCCCUCCACACAUGCUUGACCCACCACUAUCAAAUGUCAACAACUCAUCUGCACGAUCCCCCCCACCCGCGGGGCAAUCAUUGGACUCCAUUUCAACCCAACUCCUCAGCAUAAACACAAUCGUGUCCAGUUUGCAAAAGGACAUGUCGCAACUAAGUCGCCGCAGCAAAGACAACGCUACCGAUCUCAUUAGCUUGAAAGAGGCCACCAACACACGAGAUGAGGAUAUCCGCAAGUCGCUCAAGGACCUCUUAAUCACAAUGUCUCAGAAGCAACAGGCUGCUGCGGCUGCAGCUGCCGCACAGGGCGACGCCUCCCGUUCCAGCAGCCUGAACCUCCAAGACCCUCACAUGACUCCCACCAAACAGUUCACCUUCCCACGGAUGCCAUCACCCAGUGGCUGGGCAGACGAGCGUGUUGGUAGCCCUAACCCGUACUCUGUCGAGGGCGCAGCGAGUGUGGCAAUGCUGGAGAAGAUUAUUCGCGAGAUGGUAACCAAGGAUGGCCAGGAACGCUUGAUCGCUAGUCUACAGAAGCUCGUGGACAAGGCAACCGGAGACACCGCUAAGAAGGUGACUGAAUUGGUCGAGUUUGUCAAGCAAGGCUCCACCGGCAGCACCUUCGUAUCUCCUGUGGCACCAGGAUUAGCAUCUUUCCAGACCCCUCCAGGAGCGGGCGCCCUUACACGAACGAUGUCGGAAGCAUUUUCAGUCAACAAUGCUGCCGACAGCAACAAGGCCUAUGCUAGCCCAAAGGCUGCCGACUUCGUCAGCGAUGAGAUGUUGAAGUUCUUGCGUAAGAUCAAAGACAGCGUUGCCGAGUCUGGAUGCGUUACUAUGGCCACCAAAACGCUGGUCCAGGAUCUACGAGGCGAAGUUCUUGGAAUGGGACGCGAACUAGCUCGUAAGGUCGAAGCCGCAGAGCAGUCAAGAUCAAUCGAACCUGGCGCUGGCUCAGAUCAGGCAAACCAGGAAAUCAACGCCAUUGUCCAGGAGGGCCUAGCAAGCCUUAAGGAGCACAUGGAUAAGGUCAUGCGUGACAGGAGACGACAAUCCGUCUCAUCCAUCGUCACGCGUAACACUGUCGACAGCACCGAAGUUUACGACGUAGUCAAGCAAACAUUGGCAGAACGUGGACUGGACCAAUACUCUACCCAAGGCGCAUCUCUGGACAAGGAAGCAAUCAUAAGUGCGGUGCGAGAGGCAUAUGACAACGUCGAGAUGAAGCCGAAUGUCGAGAUCCAACAGUUUGGUCUGGAAAGGGAUGAGAUUCUGCAAUGCCUUCGUGAAGGGCUCCAAGAUUUCAACGGUUCCGGUGCUGUCACCAAGGAGGAGAUUGAGGAGAUUAUACACGAUUCGCUGCAGCAAAUGCGACUCCCGCCACCAAUCAACGAGGCUCACGAGAUACGUGAAGAGAUCCUGAUGACUGUUCGCGAAUGCCUGGAGGACCUAAAACCAUCUCUUGCAUCUAACCAUGCUUCAUCUGACGGCAUGUCCAAAGAACUGCUUGUCUCCGUCAUCAAGGAGGCUCUCAUUGAACAUCAACCGAACUUGGAGGUAGAUAUUCCUCCAGAGGCCAUUUAUGAUGCUGUUUUAGCAGGCCUCGAAUCAUCCAGGCCUCAAAUCGAAGCUCAGAAUGGCGCAGUUAUGCAGCGUCUCCAAGCAUUGGUCGACGACAUGCAUUCCGAGUUCAAAGCCUACUCCUCAGCAAACGGCCGCGAUACCGAACAAGUUCUGGAUGCCCUUCGAGAUGGACUUGAUAAUGUCCGCGCUGAGAUCCAAGCAUCCACUUCCCAGAACCGAGAUCUUCCACAGAGCGAAGAGAUUGUGGAUAAUAUUAGGGCCGAGCUUGAGAAGCUUCGUGAGAAUAUCGAAGGGUAUGUUGCAGAAGGACCUCGUGGAGAUCAGGCGUGGAACCGAGGAGAUAUGGUGUCAUACAUCAAGUCUGAGUUCGAACAUCUGCAUGAGGAGUUGACGUCACAAUUCCUGCCAACCGCUCAGGAUAAAGAGGAACUCCUUGCCGCCAUCAACACCGGAUUCGACGAAAUGAAAUCGCAAGUUGCGCUCCGCGAUGACGCUCCUGAAUCCAGCGAGGAGAUCAAUGAAGCCAUGAAGCACGAAUUUGACCAACUCAAAGAGGUCCUCUUGGGCGACACCGCUUCGAACAAGAAUGAUGUCUUUGAGGUGCUUCAAGCUGGUUUCGACGGACUCCAUGUCCUCGUUGGCGAAAAGGGAAGCUCAAGUUCGUCCAGUGAAGAGGUCUUGUUGUCGAUCAAGGAGGAAUUUGAGCAUCUGCGCGAAACCCUGGGCGGAUCCCUUGUCCGGUCCGGUGGAGAAACUGGUCAGGACGACAUGAUUGACGCGGUGCGGGAAAUGAUUGACGGAUUACGGUCUUCGCAAGAUUCCGCCUCGAAGGCAAACGUCGCUUUGAUACAGGUCGAAUUGGAGGCUCUAAAAGACUCGUUUGGUAAUGCCCUCGUUCCAACCUCAGGCGACGAGAAGACCAAGCUAUUGGAGGCAGUCGCAGCAGGUCUGGAGGAUGUGAAGAUGAGCUUGAAGUCUGCCGGCGUAAGCGACGAACUUCUGGAAGCUUUCCGUGGUGAACUCGAGCAUCUACGUCAUUCAGAUGGUCUGACUAGACAACACUCACGCGCCGAUACCGAAGAAGUCCUGGAGGCUGUCCGCCUUGGCCUCGAUGACCUACGGUCGCACAUGGAGAAAAAGCUGGAUAGCCCUGACCGCCAAAUGUCUGCCACUGGCGAAAUCAUUGACGCUAUGAACGAUGGCCUCGAAGGGUUGCGGGCAGAUGUCACCCGACUGUCCGACAAACCGGUAGACAUGACAGUUUCCUACGAGAUCCUGGACACGCUCAAGGAGGGUUUGGCUGCCUUGCGCGAGGACGUUGCCCAGCUCAAGUUCGGAACUCAGGACAUGGGUGCUAAUGCUAACGAAGAUGCUCCUCCGACUGGAAAUGAAGUCGUCCUUGCCGAAGAUUUACAACACGUACAAGAAACCUCUCGUGAAGUAGUUGAAGAAACCACCGAGGAACCUGUUCAGGAAACCUCGCAACCGCACGACAUUGCCAGAAUGGAGCUCAUCUUAACUCAGAUCCAAGACAAAGUGGAAGCCAUGGACGCCAACAUUCAGAGCCCGAACCUAGCGCCAGAGCUCGUUGUUCCCGCUGGUUCGGCGAUGAAGGAAGAUCUUGCCGUUAUCGAGGAGCUGCUCAAGGACGUCCAGGCUGCUGUUCUGGUCUUGCAGGACCGCGAAAUGCCACCGCCGACUCUAGAGGGCAUCGCCAGGAAGGAGGACACUGAUGCCAUUGAGACACUUCUUGCAAACACCAAGGCUAAAAUCGAGGAGAUCAUCCUUCCCGACCCCGAGACAAUGGUUACAAAGGAGAACCUAGACGAUGUCGAGCUAGUCGUACGAACCACGUCGGAGGCAUUAGAGGCUCUCGCGAAGAAGAUUGAAGACGAAGGAGCUACAAAGGCUGACGUCACCGUGGUCCAGGUGAUUGCCGAUGACAUUAAGCUGGCCUUGGACGAAAUGAAAGCCGCAAAACCCGAUGACGAAGAUGAUCCCAAAGCCACCAAAGCGGAUAUAGACGCUGUAACUCUGCUCGUUGAUGAUCUCAAAGCAAAGUUGGAUGAUUUGAGGAUUCCUAACCCUGACGAGCUACCAUCGAAGGCCGAAGUCGAGCAACUUACUGGACUGAUCCACGACUUCCGCGAUAGUCAUGACAAGCUACGGGACACAUACGAGGAGGAUAUUAUGAAGACAGCCCGGAAUUUUGACGACCGGAAGCUGGAGGCUGAGGCUGCUGUGGAGAGCAUCGCAGAAGUCAAGACAGCCUUGGACGAGAUGAGGGCAGAGAUUAAAUCGACCCUCAUCGAGGGUAGCCCUCUAGAGAGCUUGCAGGAGUCCUUCAAGACACUAGAAGAGACCAUCGGUACCAACAACGUCACUGCAGACGUGAAGGAACUUAUGGAGACUGUUUCUAGGGAAUUUGAGCGCGCUCAUGGAUCCAUCGAAGGCCUGCAGAAUGACCAUUCUGAGAAGUCAGCACUCCACCUCGAAAAGCACGACGAGGUCAAAGUGGCCAUCAUUGCCGGCUUCACUGAGCAGCUUGACGACAAGUUCAAUGUUCUAAUGGCCAAGUAUGACGACGCUCAACUUUUGGCUGACGAGCAAGCUAGAGUGAUGAAGGAAAAGAGCGAGGAGCAGGAGAAGAUUCUGGAGAGCACCAAGACCAUGGCCGAUGAACUUCGCCUUACUAUUGAUACACUUGGCGCAUCCAUUGCGGGGAUGAACGAUCGGGUCGAGGAAGCUACUACAAAGUGGUCGACCGACUCUACCACCGUGUUUGGUAAGAUCGACGAGACUAUGGCGAAGUUCGAGGAGCAGAAGCUAGAUGAAAAAACGGAGCACUCCCAUACUCGCGACGAGAUUAAGAACGUUGAGACCAUUUUCACCAAUCUUCAGGACAACAUCACGGAGUACCAUCCCAAAUUCAUGGUAGCGCUGCGGGAGAUCGAGGCUUUAGUGAAGGCUCACUACGACCACGCCCAAAAAACGAAAGAGGAACACGAUGAGCAAACCCGAACCUGGAACGAGGAGGCUCAAAGCCGAUCCGAAGAAUUACAUGCUCACUUCGCAAACCUACCCAAGCUUCUACCGGCUCCGGCACCGACUAUCGAGCCCCAGGAAAAAUACGACGAUGCACCAGUUCAGGAGAAGCUUGACAAGCUUCUUGCCAUCGAACCGACAAAUACGUAUGACGAUGCUGUGGUUCAAGAGAAGCUUGACAAGCUCCUUGGUCAUGCUGAUGAGGCUGGCAAGGCAGUGAACCACCUUGAAAGGCUGGACGAGAUUCACGCUCAGGUCAAGAUCACUGCUGCUGAAGUGAGCGAGUUUGUUGCCAAGCAGACCCAACUCAUCACAGACGGUAAUGAGUCCAAGGAGCGGGAAGCGGAUGAGCUUGCCCUACUCAUCGAACGCAGGUCAACUCAGAAGGAUCAGCUAGAGAUAGACCUCGAGAGCUUGAGGGCCGAGAAAGCUGCUCAGAAGGAGCGGCUCGAUGCGGACAUUCAAGCUAUGAAGGCUGAAAAAGAGCAGGUUAUGCAGGAGUUGAAGGAAGAGAAGGAACGGGUCAUGGCAGAGCUCAAGGAAGAAAAGGAACAAGCCAUGCUUGAGAUCAAAGAAGAGAAGGACUCACUCUUAGUGGUUGUCGCAGCACUACAAGUGGAACGUGAGAACCUUGCGAACCAGAAGGUGCGCCUUACUGGUGAAGUGUCUUCUCUUCACACAGCUCUCGAGAUCCGACGGGAAGAGUUGCACUUCAUGGACGCUAAGGCUGAUGCCCUUGAGCGUCGAAUCCUGAACGGUAUCAUGGACCAUUCACGGGCUCUGAUGAUGGCCAAGGGGGGCUCCAAGAGUCCUACCAAAGUCAAAAAGCGUUUGGGAGCCGAUGUCCCUAACGACGACACCAAACUGAUGCCUCCUCCGAGCACGGCUGCCAACGGAAUUUCUCUCGCUCUGAAGCCUCGCCCUGCUAUUCGCCGCAAUGGCCAGCCUGCCAACCCAGCACAGCGUCGCAUUCUGUCGCUCAGCCAAAUCAGUGGCAACGCACCUACCGGGGCUCAGGCUUACCCUACUUCUGUUCCCCUAAUGAACACCAACAGUGGCUUGAAGCGCAGUCACUCCGUCAAGACAACAAAUUACGCGCGCAAAGGCUCAUGGGGUGGCCGCCCUAGCGGUGCCGUUGUAAACAAGGAGAACGGUCCGCUCCACGAAGAGGACGAGACCGAGACUGAGCACAACGCGCUAGCAACAAUCCCUCAAUCGAUCAUCGAAGAGGACAGGCAGAGCGAGACCGGAACUGAGCGCCGCUACAGCAUCGAUAGCCGCUCUUACGCUGAGAGCUACGCAGAGGGCGAGACGCCUGGCUACGACGGCCGCUCAAGCUUCGGUGGCACAGGUAGCGACUACACCUAUGCUUCUGGGUCAUCCUACAUGACUGGUAGCGACAUUGACCAUGAUCGCCGCACCUCAUACGGCUCCACAGCGGCCCGCUCCGCCGCCCAUGGCGAGGGGGAGGGCGAGGAAGAUAUCGAUGAGGACAUUGAACACUCUGAUGCCGAGCAAGCCGAAGAUGACGAGCCUACCGCAACUAUCAACCCAUCAGAAGUCUCCACUGCUACGGAGGGCAGUGAGAUUGUUAUGCCGACGCACUCAGAGAUUGAUCGUGCGGUCGAGGCAGUGAAGGCGGAGAUGAAGGAUAACUUCGCCGCGCCGAGCGAUUCUGGUGUUGGCACAGAUUUGCCGACUGCAGCGUUUGGAAAUGAGUCGGAGAUUGAUGCGGAUUACUUCCGUCGCGCAGCAGAGGAGGAGAGCACGGUUGGUUGAGCGGUGUGAGGGUGGGAUUUUGACUCGCCCUUUCGGGCAUUGGAGUGAGCAUUGGCGGCUUGUGUGAUCCGGGUGGAUUCGUAUAUUAUUGGUAUAAGAAGGCGUUUGUUUGAACAUACUUUAGGUCUUGGGGUUGGAGUUGGAGGGUAUCAGGUUCUUGGUGUUUUUCCUUUCCUUGGGCGGGAUAUUGGAUUGGAGUACACUUGCUAGUUUUGAUGUCGGUCGUCCGAUUAUGAUCAUGUUCUUAAUUGAAAUGAAGUUUUCUCGUUCUAACUUAUUUUGUUCCUCUACAUUCGUGUCUUGCGCUUUUCUAUGCAUAUUGGUAAACGUGAAAUGUGGCUGAGGUAG